UACAUUCAUACAAAGCGUGACGUAGCGACGAGGCGUAGCGAGAGAGAGAGAAAGAGAGAGAGAAAAAAGCCAGAUACCGGUCAACGGGCGGGAUCCAGUGUGGGAUCGGAGCGCGUCGGGCGGAGAGCCGCUAUCUCGCCGGCCGAGGUUUCUCCUAUCGCCGUCUCUCGAAAUUGCAUCGGGACUGAUAAGGCUUUCGACCGGAAGUGCCCGCGAACCCGCGCCGAGCCGCGCCAGUCGAACGGUCCUCCCGACGGUGCGAAGAUGGGUCUCAACCCCAUGAAAUGGAAAACGAGAAGUAUCAUGCACGGCGUUCUAGGCGUUCUGCUUCUCUACACGCUGUUUGUUUAUAAGAAGAAGCAUCAAGUGAUGUUCGAGGGCAUCAUAAAUAAGUCGGAUCCCAGACUGGUGUGGGAGUUCGUGGCCGAUUUUAGCAACAUGAAAAAAUUGAACCCAACAAUAGAGGAUUUUAGCGUGAUCGACGAGGGUGGGAAUUACGAACAUUGGAAAUACUCCGUGCGGUACACCGAACAUCUAAGUCACCUGCCGAUGAUCCGUAACGUGGCACACGGGCACUACGCCGUCAAACCGGACGACAACGGCUACGUCAUCAGUUCCAGGCAUCUAACUUGCUUCCUCUUCGACCUCUACUGUUUGGAGUCCGUUUCGCAAUUCAGAUUCGACACGGACGGCGCGGAGGACACGAGAUGCAUCGAGACCGUGCAAUACGAGUGCCCGAUCGCGUUUUCGCCACUGUGUCGGAGGGAAGUCAUGUACCAGCGAGAGGAGAUCCUGAAGAGGCUGAAGCUGGAGUUCGCUGUCGGCAACAGCAGAGAAAACUAGGAACGUCGACUAUGCGAGAUAUUGUGCUUACAGCUUGCGGAAUCCCUUUUUUUUUAUUU